GCUAUUAGUUAUAAAACAUCUUUGCCAUGGCUAUGAGUCAAACAGGAAAUACACGGGGCUGGAGAGGCUAGCUUUCAAACAAGCAGGACAUCUUUGCCAUUCACCCAUAGCAGGACCUAAAUAAAAAAUAUUAGCUAUCUAGCUUAAUAAUUUCCACGAACUUGUUUGCAAGGAUUUAAACGAAAGAUGUCCAUUGGAGUGCCAAUCAAAGUCCUUCAUGAAGCUGAGGGCCACAUCGUUACCUGCGAGACCAACACCGGGGAGGUGUACCGGGGGAAACUCAUUGAAGCUGAGGACAACAUGAACUGCCAGAUGGCCAACAUCACAGUGACCCACAGAGACGGCCGUGUAGCCCAGCUGGAGCAAGUGUACAUCCGAGGCAGCAAGAUUCGAUUCCUUAUUCUACCAGACAUGCUGAAGAAUGCACCAAUGCUAAAGAGUAUGAAGAACAAGAACCAGGGAGCUGGAGCUGGGAGAGGCAAAGCUGCCAUUCUCAAAGCACAAGUGGCUGCUAGGGGUCGAGGACGUGGAGGGAUGGGAAGAGGAAAUAUAUUCCCGAAAAGGCGAUAAUUGUAAAAAUUAUUUUCUACAUUCUAUAACACCGCUUGUUUGUUAUUUUGUUGAUAAAUGAUGCAAAAUACCAUUUCCAUAUUAAAAUGAUUUUCUUAAUAUU